GGCAGUAUCACGCUGACAGCGGCGUCGGUCGGACGCGGCCGGUUGCUUUGUCGAAUACGAAUUUAUAGAGUUGCGCGAUCGUGAAGUGAAAAUAUAAAGAGAUAACGACGUUGCAGAAUUAUCGAAUAUUUCAAGAAGAAACAUGUAAUCAGAAAUUCGCCGUAUUAAACAUGAAACCCAUAGUUCACGAUGACAAUGACGUUGCGCCGGUCUGACAGCUUACCUUCACGACUCAGCGUGGCACCUGUCACGGCUCAUUCUGAACCUCCAGUGGAAAACUUUCCAGAAUCUAAAACUGUACCGGAUUUCAACGUUCCUCUCGAUCGCGAAGAAAUUAUAGCUACUUGGAAAUCCUUGCAUUCAGACGUCAAGAACAUAAAAAAUGGAUUCUCCAAGAAAUGCGACCCCACGAACCGUGAAACGGACAAAGAAUCCAUUACGCUCAAUUUCAUUCCUACCCUCAAAUACAACAAUAAAGAAACGCGAAAGAAAAUCACCUAUAAUAACCGAACAACCGAGAUCAACUCACAGGAGGCAGACCGUUGCUUGUCGUUUCCUCUGGACAGAGGUCAGCCCAAAGGAAUCGAUCGUGGAGCUAAUUCUAUACGGAGACGCACUCUGCUGCAAAGACUUUUAUCUUGGCGUACGCCCGAGUGUGAUUGUCAAGAACGCUACAAACCGAAGUAUCGUCCCGCAUACAGACUUCGCCCCGAAGACUUAUUGUGCACAUGUGGUGCUAGUGUUAAUCGCAUUAAUCCACCGGACAAGAACAAUAAGUUUAGUGAACGAGGUCGAUCCAAGAGUGUAGGAUAUGAGGCUUCACGUGAAGUAGCGCAGUUCCGACGGUGUGCGAGUGCUGGGGCGACGGUUGGAGCUGAAACGGCGGCAGCUUUAAGGGCCCGAGCGGCGCUCACCCUCGCGCGUCGCUACUACCCUGAGGGUGGUUGGGGCUGGACCAUCACUAUCGUCGGAACUAUUGUUCAAGUUUUAUCGCACGGCUUACAACUCGGAGGCGGUACGGGAGCCAUUGCAUGUACAGCGGCCGUUAAAUACAGAGUCUCUCCGUUGUACACUCACGGAUGUCUAGGUGCUUUGUCAGCGGGGGUGGCAUUGGCUUUGUCUCCAGUAACAGUGGCCCUCUGCGUUCGAAAGUCUACACGCGUUACGGCGGUGGUGGGUGGUUUAGUAGCAGCUCUGGGAUGUCUCUUCACAUCAUUUGCCACACAAUUUCAUCAGCUGUUUUUCAGUUAUGGAACGGUGGUAGGUGUGGGCGUGGGUCUCACGAGAGAUUGUUCGACUUUAAUGGUAGCUCAAUACUUCAAAAGGAGACGGGAGCUGGUAGAAAUAUUUAUAGUCAGCGGCAGCGGUCUGGGCAUAGCUGUCAUGUCAACGUUCAUCAAAGGUGUCAUCAGAGCGAUCGGGUGGCGACUUGGUUUGCAGGCAGUCACAGGAGUAGUAUUCGUUACCUUUAUCCUGGGAACAUUCUACCGCUCAGCUUCUCUGUAUCAUCCCCAGCGACGAGCAAUUUUACAUUUGAAGAACCAAAAUAAGAUCAAGAGGAAAAUGAAAGACAGGCAGAAAGCAGACGAUAGACAACCGUUCUUUGAUUUCUCGACGCUUAAAUCGAAAACAGUCAGAAUCUUGCUAAUGUCAACUGGAAUUUCCGCGUUCGGAAUAAACACGCCUAUAUUUUAUUUAGCCUAUCACGCCGAGGAAGAAGGUUUAGGUGACACAGCUGAACUGCUCCAGGCUUAUUUGGGACUCGCCUGGGCAGUGGGCUGUGCAGCGUUCGGCCUGCUAGUCCGACAAAACUCGGCCGAAUGCAGAAUCGCUAGGCAGUACCUUACUCAAGCGGCUGUUUUCGUUUGUGGACUAGCCACUAUGGCACUCACGGCUGUCGAAGGAUCCUAUAGGGGCUAUGUUAUGUUCGCUUGGGUAUACGGAAUAUUCUGCGGUGGCUACCAUUACUCUUUGAAGAUGUAUACCUACGAAAGAGUUAGGUCGCGAAAUUUUGCACGAACUUGGGGCUUCGUGCAAUGCUCUCAAGCGGUGCCCAUUGCUAUUGGAGUUCCUUUAUCAGGUUACAUUAACGUAGGCUGCGGCGGCAAGGCGGGCUAUUACUUCAGCUCAACGUGUUCUCUUAUCGGCUCUCUGUCUCUCUUCUGUAUAGACCUGCAUCGUCGCAGCGUCGCACAUAAACACACCAAAGAAAAUGGCGGUACGGCUACAUGCGAAUCGGCGUGUGGACCUCGUCGCAGCCGCGAGCGAGAACCGCGCACCGCCGUGGGAGCUGCUACCGCUUUAGUUCUAGGAGCAGAAUUGAUAGCCCCCGAUAGGGCCGGUCGAGAUCUACUAGAUAGCAUAGGUCCAGGAAGCCUCGGGUCACCGCCACCUAAUGUUCCUCCUGAACUAACCUGCAUCAGCGAAGAAGGUGGCCUUGAUCUCGACUUGGAUUUGGAGAUCCCAGAGCACCUUCUCGAAGACCUGGACUGCGGUGGCGAUUGUAUCACAAGUUGUAAUAAGGUGGAAAACUAUUUGAUGUUGAGCGAAUACGAAAACAAUCUGAUAGCGGAACUGCCGAAUUUGAACGAACGUCGCGGGAGGCGGUGGUCCGUCGUCGUCGGGAAUUCCCCUCCGCAGCCAUCUUCUAUACACGAAGAACAAUCGCCCGAGAACAACUCAAAGAACGCGAAAUGGAAGAAAAAGUGCCAUAACAACACAAACAACAGACUGAUUACGGUGAUCAACGAGGCGUCACUUUAAAACGUAGUGAAACAUUACUCAGACAAUAAAUAGUAAUAAACUAGUGUACGACCUAUUUAACCUCAUUAAAUUAUUUUUGUGUGCGACUAGCGUUUGUGUAUGUAC